AAUACCCAAACCAAACAGUAAACAAGGGAAAAAGGGAAGGGAAGGGAGGCAAAAAGGAAAAAAGGCUGAGGUCCCUCCUGCUCCUCUGUUCUCUCUCUUUCUGUUAAUUGCUUUGCAGAGUAGAAGUCGAUGUUUCAUCCUACCAACCGCAUUUUCUUCAGCUGAAAGUCUCUCAUCCAAUUAUUACUACUCGAGUUUGCUGAGCAUAAAAGUAGGAUGGAUUUGGGUAGUGGGAGAAGGAGAGGAGGAGUUAGGAGUAGUGUGGUUGCGGGGUCGGUGUGGGAGAGUAGGAUGAAGAGCGACCAAGUGAAAGGUGGGAUUAAGGUUUUUCCUAAUGCGGAAGAAAACCAAAGUAGCCAGGAUGAAAAUGGUGGGAAUGGGAAAACGUUGAAUUCGAAGAAAGGACAGACAAUUGGGGGUGUGGCGGGUAAUGGGAAGAGAAAGACAUGGAAAUCGGACAGUUUAGAAGGGGCUGAGAAAAACCCAAUUCCGAUUGCUAGAGGGAAAAAUGAGCCGUCGCAGUCGCCGCAGCAGCCGCCGCCGAAGAGCCCAAUUUCGGUGACUAAGGAGUUGAGUGUGUCUGUUGAUGGAGUCAAGAAGAGUCCGGUUCAGGUGAAGAAAGGGAGAUCUGAAGGAAGUAAGGAGCUUAGUAAGUCCGUUGAUGGAAUUGAGAAGAGCCCAAAUAAGAUUAGGAAGCUGAGAUCUGAGAUUCCAAAAGGAUCAGCUGAAUUGUCUAAGGAAAUUGUUGAAUCCGGUGUGAAAGGAUCAGCUGAAUUGGCUCAGGAAAUUGUUGAAUCGGGUGAAGUAGUGAAGUGUGAUUCUGUUGAAAACAAGGAGAAAUCGGAUUUGAUCAAGGUUGCAGAUGAGUCUAGUAAUGACCAAGGAAGUAAUUCAGUUUUGGGUGAUCAAGAGAAUGAAAAUGAUGGGUCUGUUGAAGCAACAGAGAAGAAUGGAUCUGAGGAAAAUUGCGAAGAAUUUGGUGUUUGUGAAGAAAAGGUAAUUUCAAGCACUGUCAGAAACACAGAUGCAGAUGGAGAUGGGGAUGCGCAGUUUAACGAAGGAGAAGAAGAAGAGGAAGAGGAAGUGGAAGUGGAAGAGGAAGUAGAAGAGGAGGAAAUUGAGGUUGAGGUUGCGAAGAAGCAGAUUGUCAUUAAGGAGAUGAAUGUGCCAGAACAGAAGCCUAAACCGAUUGUUAAUGAAGUGAAGAAAUUCAAUCAAUUCAACAACAGAAGUACACCAUUUUCUUCCACUGUGAAUAUGCAGCCUCCUCCAGCUGUAAAAAGGGCUACUCCAAUUUACACAAAUCCUCCUUCAAAACCUUCUCAUUCUUCACAUGAUCACCAGAGUUUCCCACAAUCCCAUAACAAAUUGCAGAACUUAGUGGAUUUAGUAAUGUGGAGAGAUGUAUCGAAAUCAGCAUUUGUUUUUGGGAUUGGAACAUUCAUCAUAGUCUCUUCUUCCUACACAAAGGACCUUAACAUCAGCUUUAUCUCUGUGAUCUCCUAUCUGGGUCUAGUUUACCUUGCUACCAUAUUCCUCUACAGAUCCAUUAUCUGCAGGGGAGUGCUGGAAAUUGAUGAGACAAACUGUGUACUUGGAGAAGAAGAAGCAGUUUGGAUACUGAAAUUGUUCCUUCCUUACUUGAAUGAGUUCCUGCUGAAACUCAGAGCACUUUUUUCUGGAGAUCCUGCCACUACCAUGAAGUUAGCAGUGCUGCUGUUUGUUCUGGCAAGGUGUGGCAGCUCCAUAACCAUAUGGAAAAUGGCCAAAUUGGGCUUUUUUGGAGUUUUCACCGUACCAAAAGUCUGCUCUUCCUAUGCCCACCAAUUAACUGCAUUCGGUAAAUUUUGGAUUAGACGAUUUCGGGAUGCAUGGAAUUCAUGCACUCACAAGAAAGCUGUGGCAAUGGGCAUCUUCACUUUGGUCUGGAAUUUAUCUUCAACCAUUGCUCGCAUUUGGGCUGCGUUUGUGCUGUUUGUGGCUCUCCGGUACUAUCAGCAAAGGAUGUUGGAGGAGCGUGGAGAAGAGGAUGCAGACCCUGGUGAAGAAACUCAAGAAACAUUGCAGAGGAGGAACAGACACCCAAGGGGCCCAAGACACGGGCUCAGGCCUACCGUUCUGGAAGCAAAUUUACCCAAUAAACUUAAGAAAGGAUUUUAAGCGCAUAAAAAUAAAACAUAGGUAGAGUCCAAGGCCCAUUUGUGUAUGUUGUGGUGGUGUUUCACUAAUAC